AUGUGGAUUUUGACAUCCUUGAAGGAACUUUAGUAUCGAACAAAAGCAUACAGGAAUUACAUAACUUAAUGAUAGAAAUGUCCAAUAAAAUGGAAGAAAAUUUCCAAAGAGUAUAUACGGCUCUAGCUAAUGUUUCAGUACGAAUACAAGAUCUGGAGGCUCGUUUAAAAGAAGUAGAAAAACAAAUUAAUCAACAUAAGCCUGAAGCACCUGCUGAUUUGGAUAUAUUAAAUAUGCAACAAUCUCUUCCGCUUAAAAGUAUUGAUGAAGUCACAGCUUUUGAAAACCGUUUAUCACAAAAUGCAGAUGAGUACAACAAAUUUAUGCUGUGCAUAUCUCGCAUAGGCGGAAGAUCCGCUAAGGAAAAUUUAAUUCGUAUAUAUCGAACUAUAUUUUCCAAUGAAGUUGCUAAACAAUCGUCCUGGAAAGGAUUACGUAAUCAUUUUAAAAUCAAUAGCUUAAACUCUAUUUUAAUGGCAAUACAAGCAACAAUUUUGGUUCAACAUCAAUUCACAAACAAAGAGUUUGAAGAUAUCACAAAAGAAUGGUUUCGCCAAGGUGGUCAAAGGCUUAACAGACAACAAAAAGAUCCCGAAGAGAUGAAUCCGCAAGCCAUUUAA